AUGGAAAAGAGCAAAUUUGCCUCUCGCGGACCUUCAGCUAAAAAUGGAGCAAGCGAUAUAUUUGAGAUUGUAUCCCUCUACGAGCCGGCCAAGGUAGAACAUGCUGUUGCUGACAUUCUCCUGAUACCUGGUUUGACCGGAGACCCUGUCAAUACGUGGAGCUAUGGUGAUAUAUGUUGGCCACGAGAUCUUCUGCCGCAAGCUCUCUCGUCUCCUGUCCGUAUUUUGAGCUUUGGAUACAAUCCCAGCAGACAUUCGAAUGUGUAUCCAGAUAUCGAGGACAGCGCACUACACCUUAUCAGUGAAUUAGAGAGAGUGAGGCCUGUGAAGAUUGCUAGUAUUAACAAAUAUCGAAAGGCUCUCAUUCUGUGCAGCGAUAAGCCUUCCCUACGGCGCAUUCCUGCUGCAUUGUCCGGGAUAGUAUUUCUCGCUGCACCACAUCGAGGAAGCUCCUUGGCUGGUACUGCAAAUCGGCUUAUGAGACAGUUAAGGAUACGUUUGCCCCGAAAAUUUAUAAGUGCAUUAAAGAAGAAUUCAGUAGAAUUAGAGCGGAUUGCAACUGACUUUCAGCAAAUCGCCAAUCAGAGGAGCCUACCCAUUUUCAGUUUCUAUGAGUUGCUUCCAGUGAGGGGCCGCCUUAGUUGUUUCGUUGAUAUUGUCGUUGAUAAGGACUCUGCACUUCUUAGAAUUCCAAGUGAGAGUGCACUUGGAGUAUAUACAAAUCACCGAGAUAUCUGCAGAUACCGAGAUUUUGAUAAUCCAAUCUUCCGAGACGUCACUCGACAUUUGCAACAGUUGGUAGAUUUAGGGCCUCAGCAUAGUAGUGCUCGCGUAUUCCUUCCAUUUGAUGGCACUCCGCACUUUGUCGGCCGGCAAGAUUACCUUCAACAGAUCCACAACGCAUUUAAUGGCUCAGAUAACCGUCAAGUAAUCGCUCUUUAUGGUGAAGGCGGUGCUGGAAAGACAGAAAUUGCAUUGAAAUAUGCACGGGAGAAUGCAAAUCAUUAUGAUUAUGUCUUUUUCGUGGAUUCUACUGAUACACAGUCUUUGGAGAGCGAUUUUAUCAGACACCACAGAAAGUUGGGGUUACCGCCGAGCAACUCUUGCGCAUUGAAUGAUAUCAAGCAAUUCCUACGCCUAGAACGCUUUUGGCUUAUGAUACUUGAUAAUGAUAAUAAUUGGCUGGCCCUAAACUGGCUGGGAUUCCCAGAAAUCACACACGGUCACAUUAUCAUAACGUCCCGACACCGUGAGCAUACCAGUGAUUCUAGAGUCACGAAGGCGCUUUCUACAAACCCUCUGGGACCAAUGGAUGCCAGAAACUUUUUACUAUCGAGAGCUGGAAUCGAUGUAGAAGAAUGGCUUAGCUGGGAGACUAAAGCAGAAAGUGUAGCCAAGCAUAUGGGAUGUCAACCUCUCGCGGUUGAUUCAGCAGCUGCAUAUAUGUUGGCCUAUGGUGUUACCGUUGAUGAAUACCUCAAUGCUCUCACUGGGAGCCGAGUUUCACGAAGACUACUCUUCUAUCGACCUAAUGCAUCCAUAUAUAAGACGUCGGUUGAAUCAAUUAUCCAGCUGGCUCUGGAUGAAGUCAAGAAAAAUCCAGAUGCAUUUAGGUUGCUUAAUAUUCUCGUAUGGCUUGACCGAACUAAGACAACUAUCAGUUUUCUCAAGCGUGCAGUCUCUCGUCAGCCUCGAUGGGGCCAUGAUGGUCAGGUCGAGAUGAGGGAUCCACUAAGGAGCUAUGUCCCACCGGAUCUUGUUCGAUUGAUAAAUGGGCCAAGCUUUCAUAUUGCUCUCAAAGAGUUACAGUCGUGUUCUUUGAUUGCCAGCGGUAAAAUGUUUGAAGACGGAAGGAGCCCACGGUGCAAAGAUACAAUUGUUUUGCAUCCUUUGACAUAUUUAUAUAUUCGAGAAGCUCUCCCUCCCACUAAGAUGCUAGAGAAUGCAAUACAUGCUCUCAGCCUUGUUGUUCAUGCUUAUCCUGUGGCACAAGCUGGCUUAGAUCAAAGUCUCAACCGCGAGUACCUUGCAGAGGAAAACAUCGAUCUGAUUAAAGCCAUUGAGAAGGUUGAUAUUCGGGCAGACGAAGAGAGGACAUUUGCUGAAAUUACAGCUGAAAUGUUUAUGGAAGUUGCUCGUGGAUACGGUGAAGGGUCUAGUCACUUAGAAAAUACCCUUCCUCGGUGGAUUAAAACCCUUAUCAACUCUUUAGAAAAAGCCGGGCUACACGCCCGCCUAUGGUGCACAAGACUUCCGUUGGAGUUUUACAGCAAGGGGAAAUUUACAGAUGGUUGCGAAGCCGCUGCCGCAUUUUUGCGAGAUGCAAAAUUCAGCCCCGGCGAUAAGAUCACGAAUAAUGAUAAUGCCCAGGCAGGCUUUUUGCGCCAUAUGUCUGUUGAGUACCUGGCUCGUGAUGAUAGCCUGUCAGAUAGAGAAGAGUGGGAGAAACGCGCAAAAUAUAUAGAGGCCUGGAAACCUUUAGACCCUCACGCGCCUUCAGAACUUGAGCGAUAUGCGCAGGGUAUGGGCAUAAGGAUGCGGGGCAAGCUUGCUAAAGAUUUCGGACUGUUCAACGAGGCAUAUUUUUCUUUGAAACUCUUCAUUGAACAAUAUGCUAAGCGCGGAAGCCGUGAAGAAGGCUGGGCUAUUGGUGACUUGGGACAGGUUGUGCUUGAACUUGAAGGAGCAGAUGAAGAUUGCGAUGCCUUGAGUGACUUCAUGACAACUGGCAUUAAUUGCGGCCACGAUCAAUCGAUCCCUGAAACAGAUGCAAGGCCAUGCGAGGUCAUCACUCAAAUAUAUUCCCAAGCUAUAGAGAGCCGUACGAUUGCCAGAGGAAGCUCGAGCCAGUAUGAUAGGGACAAUGUUCGCGAGAGCGAUACAAUGUUUCUCGAAAUUAACUGCGCUGUCAGCAUCCUUCGCGAAGGCAUCUUCCGCCCCGAACGAUACGCGGAGGCGGAACAAAAACUUAUUCGAUUAAAGGAUCGGUUCGAAAAUAUGUUGACAACGGGAACUUUAUGGCACGAUGAUCAAACCCGCCAUUUCUCGGUGCUCGCAUAUCUCGCCCAAAUUUCACAUCUUCAGAUGGACUGGGAGGUGGCACAAUCCCGGUGGAUAGAAACAAUAGAUUAUGGCCAAUCAUCUGUGAGGGGAUGGGAUGGAGAUCAUUAUUAUAUAGAUGUCGCCAGAUAUAGCCUUGCUAAUGCUCAACUUCGAGCAGGAGGCGAACCAGAUGCGAUCGUUGCGAAGCUAGACAAAAUUGUUCAUCGACUGAAUGCUGAAGUGGUGACAUGGAAUUUAGGACUCGGGACAUUUUGGCUAGAAUAUAUAAGGAAAUCAAUGACUGAGGUUAAGAAAUUGCGAGGGAAGGGUGAUGUGGGAGAUUGGUAG